UCAGAAGCGGAACCCACCGCUUCAUUCCAAAUGCACUCUUAACGUUAUUAUAUUUUAUUAUAAAUUGCGCAAUAACAAAGACAGUCGCAGUUAGCUCAGAGAUGGUGACCAGAGAUCACUAAUUAUUUCCUAAUAUAUUUAAUUAAGUUGUUUAGUGUAAGUGUAAAAUAGUGAAAAUGACGGUCAAAGGGAAUAAAGUGCCGUUCGAGAAGGCGUUAGAUAUGACAGGAUACGGUGUCUAUAACCUUGGCAUAUUCCUGCUGACCUCCAGCAUCAUCCUGGGCAUGACCUUCGAGAUCUUCUCCGUCUCGUACCUGGUGCCGGCCAGCGCCUGCGAGCUCGGCACUUCCAGCAAGCAGCAAGGACUGAUGGCCUGUGUGCCACUUAUAGGCAUUAUCGCAACUUCUCAUUUCUGGGGCUACCUGGCUGAUACCAGAGGAAGACGGAAGGUCCUCAUCAUAUCCAUGACGUUGAGCUACAUUGCGGGCACUGCUGCUGCCUUCUCCAAUAACUGGAUUGUUCUCAGCUUAUUAAAGCUCCUAUCUUCAGCAGCUGUAUCCGGAGCUUUCGCGUUAUCAGUGACACUGCUCAGUGAGUGUACUCCAGUUGCCAAGAGGAGCUCGCUGGUGCUGCUCACCACGAGCGUCCACUUAGCAGGCAUGGGCGUCAUGGCAGUCAUAGCGAUGCCUGUCCUACCCCUCAAGUUCGCCUACUACUGGCCGACCAUUGGCAUCUACUUCAACUCCUGGCGUGUCCUGGACCUGAUAUUCGCUGUGCCGUGUGCGGUCAGCGCCAUUGGAUGCUACUGUGCCUUCGAGAGCCCUAAGUACCUGGUGACUGUUGGCAGGGAAGAAGAGGCCCUAGAAGUCCUGAAGGGCAUCUACACCAUGAACACCAGAAAGAGUUCUGAUAGUUACGAGGUUAAUUCGGUGGAAUUGGAUGAAGACAGCUCGUCGUCUCUCCACAAAGGUUUCUGGGGAUCCAUAGCGGCACAGACAUUACCAAUGUUGAAGGCACCAUUAUUGAAAAACACUAUUCUUUUGGCUUCUCUCUUCGUUGUGUGCUAUAUUUGCAUGAACGGUUUCUUCGUGUGGCUGCCAUUCAUCGUGAAUGCCUUCAUGAUAUCGGUGGUGGGAGGAGAGAGGCAGCUUACUAUCUGCGAGAUGAUCAGAAUCUCAGCUAACUCCACCGAAGUUCAGGAGACUAACGACUGCUCCAUGAACAGCGUCGCCAUGACAGUUGUGUUUGGCAUCACGAUUGUGUUAGCUACCCUUAACAUCUUCAUCAGUGGCAUCGUCAACUGGGUCGGAAGGAAAAGGCUCUUUAUUGGAAUACAGGUGAUUGCUGGUCUAUCAGCGCUGGUCAUCAACGCCAGUCCCUACUGGAUCCUCAGCGCUAUCCUGCUGUUGUUGUUCCUCUCUGGUAUCCUGAACUUCGGAUUCCUCAACACCUUUAGCGUAGAUGUCUUCCCUACAUACGUCAAAGCCAUGGCGGUGUGCGUGACGGUGAUGGUGGGCCGAGCCAGCGCCAUCAUUGGUAUCAACGUGAUCAAGCUGCUGCUGGACUAUAACUGUGAAGCUGUCUUCUAUAUCUUUGGCACCAUUGCUUUAGGUGGCGGUAUCAUUGGAUUAUUGCUUCCAUCAGAAGAAAAAAUCAGGGAAUCAACUAAAAAACUUCAAACCUGAAGACUACAAAAACAAUAGAGAUAAUGUAUAAUUAUAAUUUAUUUAAAAAUCGAACGUAAUUUAUGACGUCAGCAGCAUGGCCGCCUUAUAAGAUUUACGACGGAGUGAAAAUAAAAAGAAAUGAUUUUUUAAAUUACGAAUACCAAGCACCCAAUA